AUGUCCAAAAGAAUUGUCAUUAUCGGCGGCGUUGCAGGCGGAAUGUCUGCAGCCACCCGCCUUCGUCGACUCGAUGAGUCGGCCACCAUCACUGUAUUCGAGCAGGGAAGCUACACUGGCUUUGCCAACUGCGGAAUACCCUACGCCUUGGGGAACGUUAUCAACAAUGAUGAUGCACUGGUUCUUCGCACGCCAAACGACUUUAAAGAACGCUUCAACAUCGAUGUUCGCCUUGGCACGGAAGCUGUCAGCAUCGAUCGCUCCAAUCGCAUUGUCAAGGUUCAGUCGGUUGAAAACGAUGAAGUCAGUGAAGUUGCUUACGACAAACUCAUUCUGGCCCAAGGUGCUGAAGCCUUUCGACCCCCUACCGAUGGUGCAGAACUGGAUCAUGUGGUCACGAUGCAAACCAUCUCCGACCUUCAGUACGUCCGAGCCAUGAUGUCGAACCGCAACAUCAAGCACGCAUGUGUCAUUGGAGCUGGCUUCAUUGGUAUCGAAGUUGCCGAGAACUUGCGUAAUCUCGGCCUCGAGGUUUCCGUCAUCGAGUACGGGCCACACGUCUUUCCGCCCAUUGACGCCGACAUGGCCGAAAUUCUUCAUACAGAGCUCAAACGCAAUGGAGUCAAGGUGUUUCUGAACUCGACGGUCAAAGAAAUCGAAACGUCGCACAUCAUUUCCAGCGAUGGAUCUGAGAUGCCUGCCGACUUGGUCAUUAUGGCCGCAGGAGUCAGGGCUAGAACAGCUCUAGCAAAGCAAGCGGAAUUGGAUGUCGGGAGAACUGGGAUCACGGUCAACCCGCACAUGCAAACCUCUGACCCGGACAUCUACGCAGUUGGGGACAUGGUCGAGACUCAACACAACAUCGUGGGAAAGCCAACUAUGCUUGCACUGGCUGGGCCCGCAAACCGACAAGGGCGCCUUGCAGCCGAUCAUAUUUGUGGCAAGACCGUUGCAUAUCGAGGCAAUGUCGGCACCGCCAUCUGCAAAAUCUUUGAUCUGACCAUUGGGUUCGUGGGUCUUUCUGUCGAAGCUCUUCGUCGACUGGGCCACGACCCUCUCUGGGUCACGGUGCAUCCCCCAGACCAUGCGGGCUACUACCCAGGCGCUCAAGCCAUGACGAUCAAACUCAUAUUUGAGAAAAACACGGGUCGCAUCUUGGGCGCUCAGCUCAUUGGCAAGACCGGUGUCGACAAGCGCCUUGACGUGCUCGCGACAGCGAUGCAAGCGGAAAUGACCGUGUUCGACCUGGAGCAUCUUGAACUAGCUUAUGCACCACCGUAUGGAUCGGCCAAAGACCCCGUCAACAUGGCCGGCUUCGUUGCUUCGAAUGUUCUUCGCGGAGAUUGCGAAAUCGUCCACGCGGAAGAUCUCGGCCCCGAAAUGCUCAACAAUUUCCAGAUAGUGGACGUACGCUCGCCAGGGGAAUUCGCACGAGGCCACAUACUACGAGGCACGAAUAUUCCCGUCGACACUUUGAGAGAUCAAUUGUCUGCGCUGGACAAGUCACUGCAAACCGUCGUUUAUUGUCAGGUUGGGUAUCGAGGAUAUUUAGGCUACCGAAUCUUGAAACAAGCUGGUUUCAACGUUAAGAAUCUUGACGGUGGCUUCAAGACGGUGGUUGAGGGAGGAUAUAAGCUUAUUUAG